AUGGCGAAAUCUGCGUCCUUCCUGUUCGAGGUCCGGCCACUGUCGGCCUCGGUAGCAGCGAAACCCUUGCGCAGUGUGAAGAGUGCGUCCGCGGCGCUCCGUCCGGUUCCAGCGUUCUCGAUCGAAUCGCUCCAGAAGAACACUUUCGUAAUGGGGCCACCGAAGGCACAGAAACAACGAUACAUGCUGCAACCGAAGGCCACUUCCUUCCGGAUGUACUACGAGCGUGGUGAUCUGCCGAUUAAGAUGGAGUACCUAACUGGCGGCGACAAGAUUGCCUGGACGGUGGACAUCGACAAGCUUGACUAUGGGCUGUAUCUGCCCCUGUUCUUCGACGGUUUGUCGGAGACGCGCCACCCCUACAAGACGUACGCCCGACAGGGUGUGCAGGAUCUGCUGGCGCACGGUGGUGACAAAAUUUAUCCCGUCAUUCCACAGCUCAUUAUCCCCAUCAAGAAUGCCCUCAACACGCGCAACGUGGAGGUGAUGUGCGUUACCUUGAAAAUCAUCCAGCAGCUGGUGAUGUCGUCGGAUCUGAUCGGACCAGCGCUCGUCCCGUUCUACCGCCAGCUCCUUCCGAUGUUUAACGCUUACAAGGUGAAAAACAUCAACUCCGGCGAUGCGAUCGAUUACGGCCAGAAAAAUAACAUGAACGUGGGCGAUUUGAUCGACGAGACGCUGCAGGUGCUGGAGCGGCACGGUGGCGAGGACGCCUUCAUCAACAUCAAGUACAUGGUGCCGACGUACGAAUCCUGCUACCUAAAUUAG